GCCAACCGCGAGCGAGAGAUGAAUGAUGCCGGCCUGGCCAAGGGCAUGUGUUUCUCCCAUCGCAACGUCAAGAAGAACUUCAUCGACUACGUCAUGGUUCCGCUGGUCGCGCCGUUGUAUGGAUCGUUCCCCGGCGCACAUGCUCAGAUCUCCCAUUUCUGGACGUUAGAUUUGGUAUAUACCGUCAGCAAAAAGGUGACGAGGCAAAGAGCGAAGUCAUUAUCAGCAGAUACGAUGGCAUAGAAGCCUGCAGUUGUAUGAAAUUUUGUGUAUCCUUCGUAUGGACCGACUUCUGGCAGAAGGCCGGAUCCGACUCCUUUUGUUCGAUUCUCCGCAAACCGUUUGAAGACCGACAGGCAACUCUAUUCGACUUUUUUGAGAACAGCUCCGAGAAGCGUUUGUACAUAGAGGACUUGACGUUGAUAUGCAUGGCAUGGCAUCGGCAUUGGCAUUCUAGAUACCGGGGUAAACUUGUCUGGGCCCAACGGAGUUCUCGGAGCAAUUGCAGGAAAAGACAUGAUGACUUCUUUCCUGCCGGCACUCGUUUAAGCGGCAAAGAUGGGGCAGGGUCGACGCGAAAUGGGCCAGAGGGGGCCAGAGGGGGCAGAGCAACGUCGGCUUUGACGAACAGAAUUCGAAAGACCUGUUUGUCCGGCUGGGGGCAAGGGCUAGCCCGGCGGGGACAGAGAGGCGGGUUUACGAUCGAAACGACAAAACCCAGCUAAUAACGCAACCUAGCCCGAUAAUAUCUAAUACUGUACAUAGAGACGAUGAGAGACACUCGAGAUGGGGCUGGAGAUGAAG